AUUUCCGAUGAUCUCUCAAUUCGUUUGUUUCCCAAAACCCAUGGCCGGUUUCUCGCCGGAGUUUACAGUCAAAACUUGGAAUCUCCGGUCUUUCCCUCAAUUUUCAAGGUCUUUAGGACAUGGCUUUCGAUUUCCGCGACGGUUGACACGAGGAAGAACGAUUCUCAUGUGUUCUGAUUCAAGCUCUCAGUCGUGGAAUGUUCCUGUUCUCUCUAGCUCUGAGGUUGCUGAGAGGCUAAAACUAGCAAGAGAAGGACAACAGUUCUUGGCCAUGUACUCAAGUGUUGUUGACGGAAUAACAACCGAUCCAGCAGCGAUGGUUCUUCCAUUGGAUGAUCACAUGGUUCACCGUGGUCAUGGAGUCUUUGACACUGCCAUGAUCGUUAAUGGAUACCUUUAUGAAUUGGAUCAGCACCUCGACCGUAUCCUACGAUCUGCGUCCAUGGCUAAGAUCCCGCUUCCAUUCGAUCGAGAAACUAUUAAAAGAAUUCUCAUCCAGACUGUGAGCGUUUCUGAGUGUAGAGAUGGAUCGCUAAGAUACUGGCUCUCUGCAGGCCCAGGGGAUUUCCUCCUAUCUCCAUCUCAAUGUCUCAAACCAACUCUCUACGCCAUUGUGAUAAAAACAAACUUGGCCAUUAACCCAACAGGUGUCAAGGUAGUGACCUCAUCCAUCCCCAUAAAGCCUCCAGAGUUUGCCACAGUGAAAAGUGUUAACUACCUCCCUAACGUGCUCUCUCAAAUGGAGGCUGAGGCCAAGGGAGCUUAUGCAGGUAUUUGGGUGAGUGAAGAUGGGUUUAUUGCAGAAGGUCCGAACAUGAAUGUGGCAUUUGUUGUUAAUGGUGGCAAGGAGCUUGUGAUGCCGCGGUUUGAUAACGUUUUGAGCGGAUGUACAGCAAAGAGAACGCUUACACUCGCUGAACAGCUUGUAAGCAAGGGGAUGCUUAAAAGUGUGAAAGUAAUGGAUGUGACAGUCGAAGAUGGAAAGAAAGCAGAUGAGAUGGUGCUUAUUGGGAGUGGAGUUCUCAUCAGACCUGUGAUUCAGUGGGAUGAAGAAUUUAUUGGUGAUGGAAAAGAAGGUCCUAUAGCAAAGGCACUUCUUGAUCUGUUACUUGAAGAUAUGAGAUCUGGUCCACCUUCUCCAGAGCCUUUAGUGAUUGUGAGUCAAAUGAAGAUUCAGGUGAAACAAGCUACGAUCGUGAAGCCAGCUGAGGAAACACCUACACACAAUCUAUGGCUUUCUAAUUUAGACUUGAUACAAGUGAGAUUUCACAUGGGGACACUCUAUUUCUACAACCCUUGUUCCUCCUCCGAUCGUCCAAACACUCAAUCUCUUAUCGAUGCUCUGAGCAAGGUUCUUGUCCUCUUCUAUCCUGCCGCUGGGAGGCUCCAAAAAGAUACGAAUGGGAGGUUAGAGGUUCAAUGUAAUGGAGAAGGAGUUUUGUUUGUAGAGGCUGAGACUGAUUCUACUGUACAAGACAUUGGCUUACUCACUCAAAGUUUGGAUCUUUCUCAACUUGUACCUACAGUUGACUACGCGGGAGAUAUCUCCUCCUAUCCUCUUCUUCUCUUUCAGGUUACAUAUUUCAAAUGUGGAACGAUCUGUGUUGGAAGUUCAAUACACCAUACAUUCGGAGAAGCUACUUCUCUUGGGUAUAUCAUGGAAGCAUGGUCUCAAACUGCUAAGGGACUUCCAGUUAAGCUAACACCGUUCUUAGACCGCACUGUUCUUCGUGCACGGAACCCUCCCUCCCCUGUCUUUCCUCACGCUGAGUACCAACCACCACCCUUUCACAACCCUCCGAUUAAAUCCCUGGCUUACAGAUCAAAUCCAGAAUCUGAUUCUGCAAUUGCCAGUCUCAAGCUCACACGUCUCCAACUGAAAGCUCUUAAGGCAAAGGCAGAGAUUGCUGAUAGUAAGUUCAGUACAUAUGAAGUUCUGGUGGCGCAUACCUGGCGUUGUGCUUGCUUUGCAAAUGAAGAUUUAAGUGAAGAACACUCGGCGAGGUUGCAUAUAAUAAUUGAUGGAAGGCGAAGACUACAACCGAAGCUUCCACAAGGAUACAUUGGGAACACUCUCUUUCACGCUCGGCCUGUAUCUCAGUUGGGUGAUUUUUGUAUAGAGAGUUUCAGUGAAACAGUGGAGAGAGUUCAUGGAGAAAUAAGGAAAAUGGACAACAAGUACUUGAGAUCAACGAUUGACUACUUGGAGAGACAUCCUGAUCUAGAUCAGUUAGUUCCUGGUGAAAGUAAUCCGAUCUUCAGCUGUGCAGCAAACUUCUGCAUCGUCGGUCUAACAAAACAGACCGCUUACGAAAUGGAUUUCGGAUGGGGAAGAGCUUUCUACAAGAGAGCUUCACAUUUAAAUGAAGGGAAGGGAUAUGUAACUGGGAGCCCAGACGAAGUAGGGAGCUUGAUGCUAACCAUGUGCUUGAAGAAGACUCAGCUUGGAGGCAAUGGAGAAACCUCAGGAGUCAGAGAAACGAUGUGGGCACAACAAGAGCUUCUUCAAAAGAUCAACCAAGAACUUGACGCAGAACGUGAAGCUUCUUCAUCUGCUGCAAGCGAGGCUUUAUCGAUGAUUCUACGGCUUCAAGGUGAGAAAGCAGCGUUGGAGAUGGAAGCUAGUCAGUACAAAAGAAUGGCGGAGGAGAAGAUGUGUCAUGCCGAGACCUCUCUUGCGCUUUUCGAAGAUCUGAUUUAUCAGAAGGAAAUGGAGAUUGCGUCUCUUGAGUUUCAGGUUCAGGCUUAUAGAUGUAAAUUACUCAGCCUUGGUUGUUCUGAUCCGGCUGUGAUUGAGAAUAAGUUCCCGGAAAAUCUCAUCUUUUACGGCGAAAACUCUCGUGGGAAUCAGAGGAAGAUGAAGAGAAAUCUAUCGAGCCCAUUUGAUGGCAUAUCUAGUGAAAGAAGCUUACUUUUGUCUGAUGUUAAUGGUGAAAGCUUUGAGGAGAAGAAACGUCUUGUUGAGAGUUCUGUAUCUCCUCGUGAAGACUUGAAUGCUUAUUGGGAACAGAUCAGAAGAAUAGAUGAGCAUGUUCGAGAGAUUUCAGACUCAAGAGAUGCUCAAAAGGUAUCUAAAUUCCCUUUGCUUAGGCGUGAGUCAAUGUCACAUGCGUUGGUGUCACAAGUUAGCAAUACUAUCCUUGAGUCUGCUAAGAGUGAUGUCAAUUCGAUUAUGGAGAUGAUGAAGAACCCUGAAAAAUUCUCUGUAAAAGAUGCUUCUUUAGAGACUCCGAUUCUGUCUCCGAAAAAUGUCCAAGACAUCUUCGAGGUUCCUAGGACGAAGGAAAGCCUUACAAUCAUCUCGGAAGAAGAGGAAGCCGAAGAAAGAAAUGUUAGAGGCAAGAUGGUGACUAGUAAUUACGAUAGAAAAGUGAGUAAGCCGCCAAGAGAUACGAGCAUCAAGGGAGAACAUUUGAGUUUGCUAAAGGAGAUUCGAGAACAGCUCAAUGUAAUGCAGUCAGAGAUGAGAAGCUUAAGAUCAGAACUGCAUCAAUCUAAACCUGUGUCCAAUCCCGAAGAGGAUCGAGUCCUUAACUCAAUUCAGGAGGCACUGAUUCACUUCUGGCUUUAGAAGCUACCAUGCGGUGUGGUUCUAGUUUUCCAUAUGUAAAGUUACUUUAACCUUUCAAGAGGUUUGAAGGGAUGUAAAAAACAAACUGAUAGAUUUCAGAGUAAAUCUCUGGUAUUUGUAAGUAACUCCAUUGGCAUUGUGAAAACAAAAUCUUUAAGUCUCUCCCUGAUCUAAUAGACAUUGAUGGUAGAA